AUGAGCCAAAACCCACCGUCCGAGCCCGAGGGCAAUAAUGACACGACGUCGAAGUCGAGUCCAGCAGCAGCUAGAGACGAAGCCCAGAAAACCGGCUCCGCCGUCCGAGGAGCCUCCCUGCUGAUCAUCCUGCAAAUCGUAUCGCGCGCCAUAACCUUCGUCGCCAACCAGCUGCUGCUGCGUUUCCUGACCGCCCAGCUGCUCGGCGUGUCGACCCAGCUGGAAGUCUACUACCUAUCCGUCAUGUUCUUCGCCCGCGAGAGCCUGCGCGUGGCCAUCCAGCGGCAGGGCAGUGGUGCCCCGUCUACCGCUUCCGCUUCUUCGUCUAAGAGGUCCGAUUGUGUCGCGGGGGCGAGCGCGCGGGACAGCCAGUCGGUGGUGAAUAUUGCGCAUCUGUCGCUUGGGCUGGGGCUGGGGUUCUCGGUGGGACUUGGCUGGGCGUAUCUUCACUACGUGGAUGCGGCUACGGCUUCGACUCCCUACCUGAGUACUGCUUUGCGGAUAUACGGUCUCGCUGCCCUGGUCGAGCUGCUCUCCGAACCGGCCUUCGUCGUGCUGCAGCACCGACUGCGCUUUGGGCCUCGCGCUGCUGCCGAGUCUAUAGCUACCUUCUUGCGGUGUGUCGUCACUUUCGGUGCGGCAAACUGGGCAUGGAAGAAGGGGCUGGAGUCUGGUGUGCUGCCCUUUGCGCUUGGGCAGCUGGCAUACGGUACUGGUCUACUCGGCGUCUACGCCUGGUAUGGCUUUAGGCUGGCAUCAACAGAGAGUUUCUCCCUAUUUCCCAGAACGGCAGCCAUGGAUAGAAAUAGUAAGGGACAGUUACUGCUGUCCAACGACUACGCACUCGGCUAUUUCUUCAAGCCCACCCUACAGCUCGCCUCGAGCCUCAUGUCCCAAUCGUUCGUCAAGCACAUCCUCACCCAGGGUGACACCUUCCUGGUGUCUGUCCUUUCCGACCCGGACUCUCAGGGCGUUUAUGCACUGGCCAACAACUACGGAAGUUUGGUAGCCCGUCUCGUCUUCCAGCCCAUCGAGGAGAGCAGCCGAAACUACUUCAGCAAGCUCCUAUCCUCCGGCAGUCCAGGCACUCGACCUGCCAAAGAGGUAACGGACAAGGCCAAGGCGGACCUGCAGGCGUUGCUGAAGUUCUACGUUCUCCUAAGCAUCGUGGUCAUCACUAUCGGCCCCUUCGCGGCGCCACUACUCGUGCAAAUCGUCGCCGGAGCGCGGUGGUCUGCGAGCGGAGCCGGUGGCGUACUGGCGCAAUACUGCCUGUUCAUUCCUCUCCUGGCCAUCAAUGGCGUGGCCGAAGCCUUUGUCUCGUCCGUGGCCACCGAGUCCGAGGUGCAUCGGCAGUCGCUCUGGAUGGGUGCUUUCAGCCUCGCUUUUGGGAUCGCAGGGUUUGUCUCUCUGCGCGUGAUGGACUUGGGUGCUGUUGGGCUCGUGUAUGCCAAUGGCAUCAAUAUGCUUUGCCGCAUCAUCUGGAGUGGCUCUUUCAUAUCCCGGUAUUUCAAGAGCAACGACAUCGACUUUAGCUGGAGUGGCAUUGUGCCUGAUGGGUCGGCCCUCUACGUUGUGGGCACCGCUACGCUCUGGGCUGCUAUGGCGAAGGCUGGUAUAUCUGUGGGCAGUAUUUCGCCGCACGUAUUCCAGGAUCUCGUCACGGUGGGAGCAGUUGCAGUGCCAUUCGUUGGUCUAAUGUGA